GGUUUGAGCGCGUGAGGUGGAACGCCGCGCUGUGAUUGGUCAGUCAGUCGAUCACCUCAUCGAAGCGCAGGGGGUUUUUAAAACCUCGCGCACGCUCGAGCGCAAGACGGUGUAGAAAGCAGUGAGGAGAGGGCGGGGGAGGGGAAAGGAAGGGGGCGGAGCCGAGUUAUUUGCAUACUGGAAGGUGAUUGGCUGUCUGCCUGUGGCUCAUUUGAAUCUGACGUCAAGCAGCUGGGAGACGCGACGCCGCUGUGGAGUGGAAAUAACCGAGUCCAUUCACAACACACACACACACACACACACAGACUUUCUCUUUGAUACUGUGUAUCACUAUGUAUCCGGUGUGCGACGAAACGAGUGAAGAAUAACUGAUUUUUUUGGUUUUUUGCUGUGGGUGUCAACAAAAAGAGCCAGACCAUGAACUACGUGGGGCAGCUGGCAGGGCAGGUGUUCGUGCAGGUGAAGGAGCUGUACCGCGGCCUGAACCCGGCCACGCUCUCCGGCUGCAUCGACGUCAUCGUCGUGCGUCACCCCGACGGCUCCCUGCAAUGCUCGCCCUUCCACGUGCGCUUCGGCAAGAUGGGAGUGCUGCGCUCACGUGAGAAAGUGGUGGACAUCGAGGUGAAUGGGGAGUCUGUAAGUCUGCAGAUGAAGCUGGGAGAAAAUGGCGAGGCAUUCUUCAUCACAGAGACCGAGGACAAUCAGGAAGCGCUGCCCCCGUACCUGGCCACGUCCCCGAUCCCGCCGCCCUCCCCCAUCCAGACCCUGGGCCCCGAGAGCGGAGCGACGAAGCGUAGGAGGAAGAGGAGGAGGAAGUCCAAAGCGGACGUCUUGAAGAGAGAGACGAGUGGAGAGUACUCGGAGUGCGAAAGCAUCUUCACCAUCGACAUGAGCUCGCACGAAGGAGACGACGAGCACAACGGGAUUUCUUUAAAGGAACCAGUGAGUAAUUACACAAAGGAUGUUGUGUAUCCCCGCUCUGAUGGUGACUGGUCACCUAUACAGAGCCCCGGUGUCUCUCGCCCCUGUUCCCCUAAGAGUGACUCUGAGCUGGUGACUAAAGGCGGUGAGCAGAAGCAGCAGGACCGGGCCAUGCUCUGGGCCUGGGGUGAGCUUCCUCAGCCGUCCUUCCUGUCAUCUAAACCCGAUUCGCCCGCUGCACGUCCCAUCUCCAUCCCCGUCUCGGACAGCACACACUUCAGAGUCAUCCCCGAAGCGGCAGUUGCUGGCGCUCAUCUCCAUGGUGACGGUGACUCGUCCCCAUCCCAGUUCAUCCCUGCAGGCCUGGACGGCAGGAUGAGCGAGAGCAGCCCAGCGCGGGGCGAGCCAGAAACACAGAACAGCCCUGAAGACAGGGACGAGGCGAUGAGAACGGAGGCAGAGACGCUAGCGACGUUAGCAGCGUGCCUGGUGUCCGAGGUCGAGGAGAGGGGUGUGGCCAGUGUGUGGCCACGCCCACAGGGCAAAACUGAUUCACCUUCCAAGAAAAAAGAUAAGAGGAGCCGCCAUCUUGGUUCAGACGGCGUGUACCUCGAUGACAUCACAGAGCUGGAGCCCGAGGUGGCGGCGCUCUACUUUCCAAAGAGUGAGAACAGCGGCGGAGGGCGUGUGUGUUGUGAGAACGCAUGCCGCAGCAUGAGCGCGUCUCCCCCGUCUGUAGGAAGCUCUGGAGCGGACAGCGGCGUGGACAGUUACUCCGAUCAGCCCUCUGACCUGCCCUCUAUCGCCCUUUCCCUGUGUGGAGGACUGAGCGACAGCCGAGAGAUCUCUAAAGAACACUUCCAGCAGAAGGCGCUCUCCUACCAGCAGUUUGCGGAGAACCCCACGCUCAUCGACGACCCCAACCUGGUGGUGAAAAUCGGCUCCAAAUAUUACAACUGGAACACCGCCGCACCGAUCCUCCUGGCUAUGCAAGUCUUUCAGAAACCGCUGCCUAAGGCCACCGUGGAGAAGAUCGUGAAGGAGAAGAUGCCGAGGAAAGGAGGACGCUGGUGGUUCUCGUGGCGCGGUAGAGGAAGCAGCUCUAAAACGGAUUCAACCACCGGUAACGGACCCCCUGGAGGAGCAGAGCAUUCUGGGAAGAUGGCUUCCAUCAGCAGGCGGAACGACGAAUCCUCCUCGUCCUCUUCCUCCUCCAGCGACGAUGAGCACCAAUCCAAUAAACAGGCCGUCGGCUCCACCCAAUCAGGGACCUCACUCGGCCAAGGGGGCGUGUCCUACAGGAAGACGCUCCGCCUGACGUCCGAACAGCUGGCUAGCCUGCAGUUAAAAGAAGGCCCUAACGACGUAGUGUUCAGCGUCACCACUCAGUACCAGGGCACGUGUCGCUGCGAGGGAACCAUCUACCUGUGGAACUGGGAUGACAAGAUCAUCAUCUCUGACAUCGAUGGCACCAUCACCAGAUCCGACACGCUGGGACACAUCCUGCCCACUCUGGGGAAAGACUGGACGCACCAGGGCAUCGCCCGCCUCUUCCACAAAGUCAGCCAGAACGGCUAUAAGUUCAUGUACUGCUCAGCGCGGGCGAUCGGCAUGGCGAACAUGACCAGAGGAUACUUACACUGGGUGAACGAGAGCGGCACCGUGCUGCCCCAGGGUCCCGUACUGCUCAGUCCCAGCAGCCUGUUCUCAGCACUGCACCGAGAGGUGAUCGAGAAGAAGCCGGAGAAGUUUAAGGUGGAAUGCUUGACCGACAUUAAACACCUGUUUUAUCCAAACACACAGCCUUUCUACGCCGCCUUCGGGAACAGAGCCACGGACGUGUAUUCGUACAAGGAAGUGGGCGUUCUCUUAAACAGGAUCUUUACUGUAAAUCCAAAAGGAGAGCUGGUGCAGGAACACGCCAAGACUAACAUCUCCUCGUACGUGCGCCUGGGCGAGGUCGUGGAUCAUGUCUUCCCGCUCCUGAAGAGAUCGAGCUCGUCGGAUUUCCCCUGCAGCGACACCUACAGCCACUUCACCUUCUGGAGAGAGCCGCUCCCCCUGGUGGACGGGUGCGAGUGUGCAGCCACCGCCAAGAGCUGAAACACGCUCAUGCACACAAACACAUACAAACUGUUGUCGACAUUACCGUUAUGUUUAAAAAAACAACAGUAAAUUUUCUUACUAGAUGUAUAACUUUGAAUAUAAUCACUGUUAACAUCGUUCCACCAGAACACGCUGGAUUGUGAUCCGGGAUAACAGGGUGUUGAUUUAUUUCCUUUAUCAUCAGCUCAGAAGUAGCGCAGGUUUAUACUGAUGUGCAGUAAAGUCGAUGCAGUAAAGUUAAAAAAAAAUAAUGCAUGGAAGGAGUCUCCGCUGUCAGCACUUUUAUGAAACAUUUAAAAAAGUUUUUCCAACACAUUCCGAGAUAAGUCUUCAGCACUGAGGAGUUUAUGCCAAGUAGCGCUUUCUUUUCUUAACGUCUUAACUUUAUAAUGAACGGGAAAAAAAAAAUGGAAAAAUUGGUGCGCUGUGGUUCUGAAACACUUUAGGACAGGCUGUUACAGAGAAUUAUUUAAAAGUCCUUACGUAGAUGGUGAACAAGAUUAUGGGACUGAUUUCUUUAAUUUAUAUUUUUUUCCGUGACUGACGUCUCCUGUGUUUACUGCACAGAGAGAAAAAAAACCCUGAAAAAAAUCUGAAAUGUCAAUCAUGUACAGUAUAUACAGUAUAUCGAUCGUACACUGGCACUUUAUAAAGCUGUACUUCUAAUGAAAAUGAGUCAGUCCGCUGCCUCGGAGACGAGUGUGUUUAUCGCUGUAGCCAAAUACUGAUUAUAGGCUUGUGAAAUAUUUGAUAAUAUAUUUAUAAUAUUUCACUACUCUAAGACGUAAAAAUGUAGACAUUUUUUUUUGUUCUUCGUCUUCAGUAAGAUCUUCAUCCUCGUGGAUCCAUGUUGAGGCAGAAACACGCCUUAGAUAUGCACCACACACACAUUCAAACACUCUCGCCGUAUGCGAGAGGUCCGUUUUAAUGACUUGAAAAGAACCCGGAGAAUCCUGAGAACGCAAGCUCAGGAUUAAACCGCGGGACUGUUACAUUUCACUCACAUUCAGGUGUUUGAUAUUUCAUGUAGACAUUUCGCCACCUGACCUCAUACUGUACGUCCUAUCCUAUCUAUGACAACAUAUCGAUAUUAAUGACGAAAUCAACGAAGCUGAUGCAGAAUGUAUUUAUUGAAGCGUGUUUAGCAUAUAGUGGUGCUCUGCGAAGCAUCUUCUACAGGCGUUACUGUAUUUUCCUAAUAGCACAAAUAUUCUGUGAUAUAUAUUUUUUUCAAGAUCAAACUUUAAGGUCAAAAUGUUACUCUGUAGGUUCUGCGUGAUGUUAUUCUUUCUGUGAAAGAUCAGCCUAACCAUGGCGUAUUGUCUUCUCUGGACAGUACUUUGUAGAAGAUUUGUUUUCUGCUGUUUCUGACAAAAAUAAAAUGAUCUGAAUGACUGAACUGA